AUGAGGGACGAGGAAGAGAUGCAAUGCAAUAACAAUCCGGAUGUGUUUUCGAAAAUUAAGAAACCGCUGUUCUACGUGAUCGUCCAUCUUGUUCCGCGAGUGAAGAAAUUGUCAAAAUUGGCGCGCUUUUCUCAAGGAACACGCAGGCGCGCGCUAGUGAGAGGCAGCUAUCUUCCUUUCCGUUCGCUCCGGCCAAGUCUGCGGGUCGCGGCUAACCUUCGGCGCGAGGUUUGCGGCGGGAAAAAUGUGUGUUUCGGUGUGCCGAUAGCGGAGCGCCGCAUCUCCGCAGCUCCGCCCAGCCAGCCCGCGCCCGCUAACGCCAUCCGGCCAGAUAUGGAGCCGCGAGCUGUCAAAAUGGAGUGGGAAAAAAGGCGGGAAUGUGGCCUCGCUUUAUGUGAAGCUCAUCAUUGCGUUAGAACGAGAGGAUGCACCGAUCCCGCCGGGAUAGAGAAGGACGUCGAACGUCGCGGUUUAUAA